UUAUUGGACAAAAAGAGCUUAGCAGCGGCUGCGAUUUGUAUCACACUGGUAGCCUACAUUUGUCAGUUCUGCCUUUCCCUCUAGUGUUCUCCUAAACCCCCACGGAAUUACAAAGUGGAAACAGGACUGUGGUGUUGAGGAGGGAGUAAAGAGCCGACCAUGAUAACAUCUGCCGCUGGAAUAAUUUCUCUCCUUGACGAGGACGAGCCCCAGCUCAAGGAGUUUGCACUGCACAAACUUGACUCCAUUGUCAAUGACUUCUGGGCUGAGAUCUCGGGAUCAGUAGACAAAAUCGAGGUUUUGUAUGAGGAUGAGACGUUUCGGAGCAGAGAAUUUGCUGCCCUGGUGGCCUCUAAGGUCUUCUACCACCUUGGAGCCUUUGAGGAAUCCCUGAACUACGCUCUGGGUGCAGGAGAUCUAUUCAAUGUCACAGAUGACUCGGAGUAUGUGGAGACUAUUAUUGCCAAAUGCAUCGACCACUACACCAAGCUCCGGGUCGAGAACUCCGAGUUGCCGGAGGAUGAGGAGAAGAAGAGCAUCGACCCUCGCCUGGAGGGCAUCGUCAACAAGAUGUUUUUGCGUUGCCUAGACGACCACAAGUACAAGCAGGCCAUUGGAAUUGCCCUGGAAACCAGGCGGCUCGACAUCUUUGAGAGGACCAUCUUGGAAUCGAAUGAUGUGGGAGGCCUUCUUGCGUACAGCCUGAAGGUGUGCAUGUCCCUGAUGCAAAACAAGAAGUUCCGUAACGAGGUGCUCCGAGUGCUGGUCAAGCUCUACAUGAACCUAGAGAAGCCUGAUUUCAUCAACGUCUGCCAGUGCUUGAUUUUCCUGGACGACCCGCAGGCUGUGAGCGACAUCCUGGAGAAGCUGGUGAAGGAGGACAACCUGCUUAUGGCCUACCAGAUCUGCUUCGACCUGUACGAGAGCGCUAGCCAGCAGUUCCUCUCAUCUGUCAUCCAGAACCUGCGCACCGUCGGCACACCCAUCCCCGCAGUGCCCGGCUCCACCAACACAGGCACUGUGCCCACGGCAGACAAAGACAGUGAUACAAUGGAGACAGACGAUAAGGCUGGCAGCUCCCCUGCUGGAAAACCUGCAGAAACGAAGGACGAGCCCAAAGACCAGAACACCAAGAUGAUCAAAAUACUCAGUGGGGAGAUGGCGAUUGAGCUGCACCUGCAGUUCCUCAUCCGAAACAACAACACAGACCUAAUGAUUCUCAAAAACACAAAGGAUGCAGUCCGAAAUUCAGUGUGCCACACAGCCACGGUGAUAGCCAACUCUUUCAUGCACACAGGAACCACAAGUGACCAGUUUCUUAGAGAAAACUUGGAGUGGCUAGCCAGAGCCACCAACUGGGCCAAGUUCACAGCCACAGCUAGUCUGGGUGUCAUCCACAAGGGCCAUGAGAAAGAGGCACUUCAGUUAAUGGCCACCUACCUGCCCAAAGACACCUCUCCUGGCUCUGCCUACCAGGAGGGAGGAGGCCUCUAUGCUCUGGGACUCAUCCAUGCCAACCAUGGUGGCGACAUCAUCGACUACCUGCUUAGCCAGCUCAAGAAUGCCAGCAAUGAUAUUGUCCGUCAUGGUGGCGCCCUUGGCCUGGGGUUGGCUGCCCUGGGCACAGCCAGACAGGAUGUUUAUGACUUGCUCAAGUCCAACCUGUACCAGGAUGAUGCUGUUACUGGUGAAGCGGCAGGCCUGGCCCUCGGCCUGGUCAUGCUGGGCUCCAAGUCGGCCCAAGCCAUUGAGGACAUGGUUGGCUACGCUCAGGAGACACAGCAUGAGAAGAUCCUGCGUGGCCUAGCAGUGGGCAUUGCCAUGGUCAUGUACGGUCGCAUGGAGGAGGCCGACGCCCUCAUCGAGAGCCUGUGCAGAGACAAGGACCCCAUCCUGCGGCGCUCUGGAAUGUACACGGUGGGCAUGGCCUACUGCGGCUCUGGAAACAACAAAGCCAUCCGACGCCUGCUGCAUGUCGCUGUGAGCGAUGUGAAUGACGACGUCCGAAGGGCUGCUGUCGAGUCCAUUGGCUUCAUCAUGUUCAGGACUCCAGAGCAGUGUCCCAGUGUUGUGUCCCUCCUCUCAGAGAGCUACAACCCCCAUGUGCGCUGUGGAGCCGCUAUGGCUCUUGGCAUCUGCUGCGCUGGGACGGGCAACAAGGAGGCCAUCAACCUGCUGGAGCCUAUGACCAACGACCCAGUGAACUAUGUGAGACAGGGUGCCCUCAUCGCCUCCGCCCUCAUCAUGAUACAGCAAACUGAAGUCACCUGCCCUAAAGUGAACCAGUUCAGACAGCUUUACUCCAAGGUGAUCAACGACAAACAUGAUGACGUCAUGGCAAAGUUUGGCGCCAUCCUGGCACAGGGCAUCCUGGAUGCAGGUGGACGCAACGUGACCAUCUCUCUGCAGUCCAGGACGGGCCACACCCACAUGCCCUCAGUGGUGGGCCUUCUGGUCUUCACCCAGUUCUGGUUCUGGUUCCCUCUCUCCCACUUCCUGUCGCUGGCCUUCACACCCACCGCCAUAAUCGGCCUCAACAAGGACCUCAAGAUGCCCAAGGUGCAGUAUCGCUCCAACUGUAAGCCCUCCACUUUUGCCUACCCACCAGCCCUGGAGGUGCCCAAGGAGAAAGAGAAGGAGAAGGUAUCCACUGCCGUUCUUUCAAUCACAGCCAAAGCCAAGAAGAAGGAGAAGGAAAAGAAGGAGAAGGAGGAGGAGAAGAUGGAAGUGGAGGUCCAGGAAGCUGAAAAGGAGAAGAAGGAUGAGGAGAAGGACAAAGAGAAGAAGAAGGAGCCGGAGCCCAACUUCCAGCUCCUGGAGAACCCGGCCAGAGUGAUGCCCGCCCAGCUCAAAGUGCUCACCAUGCCAGAGACCUGCCGCUACCAGCCCUUCAAACCGCUGCACACAGGCGGCAUCAUCAUCAUGAAGGACACCAGCGAGGAAGAGGAGGAGCUGGUGGAGCCCGUCUCAGCUCACGGCCCCAAGAUCGAGGAGGAGGAGCAGGAGCCGGAGCCCCCCGAGCCCUUUGAGUACAUUGAUGAGUAGACACGCUUCCACCACUCAGGUGGCGUCAGAAGAACUGAGAGCCCAGCAUGUUUAACCCCCCGUGUGUCCCCUCUGUGUAUCCAUCCACCUCCCUCGAUCACUUCCUCUUUUACACGUUCCUUCCCUGUCCUGGCCCCUCUUUUGUCAGACAGGGAAUGUUUUACAUUCUCUUGUUAAAUGCUAUAAUUUUCUGUCCGUACAAUAAAAAAAGAUAUAUAUAUAUAUA